UUUUUUGAUACAGAAUAAAUAAGAAAUACUACUCUUACACAUGAAUCCCAAGAAAGAUAAACAGCACCAUCAGUCGUUUGAUCAAAAUACAAAUUCAGACCUACAACCCUAUGAUUUUUCUUGAAUUGUAUUUUAUGUAACAUGAAACUAUUUUCUGAACAGAUUACUUCAAGGUAACUAACUAUCUCACUAAACAAAUUUAAAAUAACCACUCAGAAGACUUUUCGUAAGAACUAGUUGACUGUCAAUGAGAGAAAGCCAUCAAUGACUGGAUUAUAUAUUCUUCUAGUUCUAGAAUUAGGUAGUUACUAGAUAUGCAGCCAACUCCGCCUGUAGCUCUUCUAGGGUUACUAUCGGUCUCAAGCCCGGGUAAAGGAGGAGGGUUGGGCAUGGGGUUAGCGACCCCACACCGUAGAAAACUAACUCGCUAAAAGAAUGCUAACCAGAAAAAAUAAUUCAAACCAUUUGAACUCUGCCCUGGGAGUUAGGUUUCCAUUUAGAAGAACUAUGACGCCUCAUGGUGAAAGCCGAGUUCCUUCGGAAGCCACAAGGCCGAUGCCCCUUCUAACAACCAGAGCAACAACUUUUACAGAUACAUGGAACGUUCGAACAAUGUGGGAGACCGGGAAGACCAGUCAAAUAGCAACGGGAAUGAGGAGAUACAACUUGGCAGUACUGGAAAUCAGCGAAACCUAUUGGACCCAAACUGGACAACAAAGGUUAAAUACGAGAGAGAUGCUGCUAUACUCCGGUCACGAAGAGGAAAAUGCUCCACACACUCAGGGAGUUGCUCUGAUGCUGUCCAAAGUAGCACGAAAUGCACUUGUAGGAUGGGAAUCUCACGGAUCCAGAAUCAUCAAAGCAUCAUUCAAAACAAAGAAUGAGGGGAUCACAAUGAAUAUUAUCCAAUGUUAUGCACCCACUAAUGAUAGCAACGACGACAAUAAAGAUCAAUUCUAUGAGAGGCUGCAAUCAAUCACAGAGAAGUGCCCAAGAAAGGACCUCACUAUUCUGAUAGAUCUAAACGCCUAAGUCGGAAUAGACAACACCGGAUAUGAAGAUAUCAUGGGACG